CCUUGUGCACUGAGGGUCUCUGGGCUGGCAUCUGCUCUGCACAGGGUUUUUGUGUUGCUGAAAGGUUUGGCCAGCGUUUGACUGAGUCGUUUUUGCACAAGUUCAGCUGUAGUGCUGAGCAGUGCCAGGGCUGUGCAGGGACCCAUCUCUGCCUCGAGGCUGCCAGGGCUCAGGCACAUGCACUUGGUGGGCCUGGGAGGACAAAGCCAGUCCUCCGGAUGGGGCCUGGGCUUGGCGAGGGCAGAGCAGCCAGUCCGGUCCCCUCCCCGGCCUCGCCCACGGCCCCGCCCCCUGCUCUGGCUGCCCACAGCGGCUCUCACCUGUGGCGGGGCAGAUCUCCGCUGCCACACCCCAGGGAUCCAGGAAGGCGGGCUGUGUGUUCUGGGCUGGGGUUCGCCCUUCUGGACGCAGGCAAGAGGCGGGUGGGGCUGCGCACUCACGCCUUGGAGGGCGCCUCCGGAGUGACCGCGGGGUCGGCGCAGUCCGUCACCCCGCACCUGCUGUCCCCCACCGGCCCUUCCAGUUUCUCGCUCGAACUCGGGCGUCCCCAUGGGCCUCCGUCGGCACCCCAGCCCGACGUCAGCCUGGGGCAUAGAGCCCUUCCUCAGGAGGCGCCUGACAUUUCUGUCCUUCUUUUGGGACAAGAUCUGGCCCGCGGAGGAGCCAGAGGAUGACACCCCAGUGGCGCCGGGCCCAGAGUGUGCCGCGGAGCUGAGCGUCAGCCGCGGGGACCGACUCUACGCCCUCAAGGAGGAGGGCGCCUACAUCUUCGCCCGCCGGCUCUCAGGCCCGCCCAGCGCCGGGCUGGUGCCACUCUCCUACGUGGCUGAGGCUGCCUGGGAGACGCCAGCAGAACAACCCUGGUACUUUAGUGGGAUCAGCCGGACCCAAGCCCAGCAGCUACUCUUGUCCCCUGCCAACGCACCAGGGGCCUUCCUUAUCCGGCCCAGUGAGAGCAGCCUUGGGGGCUACUCACUCUCAGUCCGAGCCCAGGCCAAAGUCUGCCACUACCGAAUUUGUACAGCGCCUGGUGGCAGCCUCUACCUACAAGAAGGCCGGCUCUUCCCCAGCUUGGAGGCGCUGCUCACCUACUACAAGGCCAACUGGAAGCUGAUCCAGAACCCCCUGCUGCAGCCCUGCAUGCCCCAGAAGUCCCUGGCCCAGGACAGGUGGGAGCGGCCGCGCUCGGAAUUUGCGCUUCGGAGGAAGCUGGGCGAAGGCUGCUUUGGGGAGGUAUGGGAAGGCCUGUGGCUGGGCUCUGUGCCCGUGGCAGUCAAGGUCAUCAAGUCAGCUGACAUGAAGCUGGCUGACCUCACCAAGGAGAUUGAGGCUCUGAAGAGCCUGCGGCAUGAGCGGCUCAUCCGGCUGCAUGCGGUGUGCUCCACGGGGGAGCCUGUGUACAUCGUCACCGAGCUCAUGCGCAAGGGCAACCUGCAGGCGUACCUGGGCAGCCCAGAGGGCCAGGCACUGAGCCUGCCUCUCCUGCUGAGCUUCACCUGCCAGGUGGCUGAGGGCAUGAGCUACUUGGAGGAGCGGCACGUCGUCCACCGAGACCUGGCCGCCAGGAACGUGCUCGUGGACGAUGACCUCACCUGCAAGGUGGCCGACUUUGGUCUGGCGCGGCUCCUGAAGGAUGACAUCUACUCCCCGAGCAGCAGCUCCAAGAUCCCUGUCAAGUGGACAGCUCCAGAGGCGGCCAAUCAUCGUAUCUUCUCGCAGAAGUCUGAUGUCUGGUCCUUUGGCGUCCUGCUGUUCGAGGUCUUCAGCUAUGGCCAGUGUCCCUACGAAGGGAUGACCAACCAUGAGACGCUGCAGCAGCUCAGCCGUGGAUACCGGCUGCCCCGCCCAGCUGCCUGCCCAGUGGAAGUGUACCUGCUCAUGCUGGAGUGCUGGAAGGGUAGCCCUGAGGAGCGGCCUGCCUUUGCCAUGCUGCGGGAGAAGCUGGGCACUGUCCACAGGCACCUGCACCUGGGUCUCACAUGACUGGGGCUCAGACCCAGGG